GCACUUGCAGGAGCGUCUCUGUCCCCGAAGAAGAAUCCAACAUGGCGGAGUAGGCUCUUCACGAUCUGCUCUAGUCUUCUACCACCACGAGCCCCCAUGGAGGACCUGACCGCUGCCCUCUCGGCCAGUUUCUCUGUGUCCAAAGAGCCCAACAGCACGGCGGCCCCUCACCCUCGGCUGGCACAGUACAAGACCAAGUACAGCGUGUUGGAGCAGAGUGAGCGGAGACGACGAUUCCUCGAGCUGCAGAAAACUAAAAGGUUGAACUACGUGAACCAUGCGCGGCGUUUGGCUGAUGGGGACUGGACCAGCACAGACAGCGAUGGAGAGGAGCAGGUGGAGGCAGCGGAGCAGGGAGACCAGCCUCGGGAUGCCCCAGAAGAGGAAGAGGAGGAGGGGAUGGAGGUGGAGAGGAGGAGACUGCCCAAACACUACGCCAACCAGCUGAUGCUGUCUGAGUGGUUGGUGGACGUCCCUUCAGAUCUGGCCUGUGAUUGGCUGCUCGUCGUUUGUCCCGUGGGAAAGAGAUCGCUCAUCGUCGCCUCAAAGGGUUCGACUGCGGCCUACACCAAAAGUGGAUACUGCGUGAGCCGCUUCCCCUCGCUGCUGCCCGGUGGGAACAGGCACAACUCGGCCAUGGGAAAAGAUUACACGAUCCUAGACUGCAUCUACAGUGAGGUGGACCGGACCUAUUACAUUCUGGACGUGAUGUGCUGGAGAGGACAUCCCGUCUACGACUGUCCGACCGAGUUCCGGUUUUACUGGCUCCAGUCCAAAGUCCAGGAGACCGAGGGGCUGUCGGAGAUCGCCAAGCGAAACCCGUUCCGGUUCGUGAGCCUAAAAAGCACAGACUGCUCUCUUCAGUCCAUUCACAAAUCUCUGGCGGCCGACUACAAUUUCACUGUGGACGGGCUCCUCUUCUACCAUAAGCAGACUCACUACACGCCCGGCAGCACUCCUCUGGUGGGCUGGCUGCGUCCUUACAUGGUCGCCGACAUCCUGGGUAUCGAAGUCCCCGUAGGACCCCUGACCAAAAAGCCAGACUACGCCGGGCACCAGCUGCAGCAGAUCCUGGAGCACAAGAAGACCUCCAGCGAAGUCAGACCCAUCGAAAGCAACGGGGGCUACGAACUGGAGCACCUGUCCACGCCGAGUCAGAACGGCAAGGGCGAAGACAAGUUUUUAAACCAGAGGCCAAUCAGAGAAGCGCAAAUGGAGAUGUAAUAUGGAACUUUUUUGCUUCACCUGCUUAUCUCCAUGGAAAUGUUAUAGCUUUGUGUAGAAUGUUCCACAGCCUAGAUUAAACCAAGGGAGACGAGCAGGUUACAGCAUUACGUUAUAAAUCAUAUCUGCGGAGAGUCGUGCCUAUUCACAGAAAGAAUUAUUGCAUUUUUGAGCAAUAUAAACACGUUUGAUUCAUAUGUUUAAUGUCAUACCAUGAAACACUCCAGGCAAAGCAAUAACAUCUCCAUGGAGACGAGCAGGUAGCAGACUCAGAAAAAUUGCACGUUUUAAUUGCUUUUCCACAGUAUGGCAUUAAACCUGUCGCUCUCCCUGAACACAAGCAGGUAGCACCACUAGGCCAAGCAUUUCCUCAAUCACGUGGGUUUAAUUUGCUUAAAAAGACCCAUAUUUUGCUGUUUUCUGGUCUAUUUUAUAAUGCUGUUUCCUCAUCACAAACAUAUCUCCAUGGAAACAAGCAGGACAUUACAUAGUGGAACAUUUCACAUGAUAUAUCGCAAGUACUGUAUUUUUCGGACUAUAAGUCGCAAAAAAUGCACGAUGAAGAAGAAAAAAACAUAUAUAAGUCACACUUUUUGGGGGGAAAUUUAUUUUAUAAAAUCAGAGACCAGGAACCGACAUUUUACCUUGAAAGUAAAGUUCUAGUAAUAACAACAGAAGAGAGAACGACAGACUUUUAACGUCACAUAUGAACAGUUCUUCAGAUAAACUAUAACAUAAACAACAGAACAAGUUUACCAAACUCUCCAUCUCACUCCAAAUCACUAAAUCCACUGAAUUCUUCAUCCUCAAUGUCACUUCUGAGCAACUCUGCGACCCUUGGAAGUAAACAGAGCGCCUCUUCCUCUUCUGUGUAGCUGUCGUCAGACUCAGCAUCAGUUCCUGUUAGAAUUAUUCUGGCCUUUCUGAAUCCCGACAGGAUGGUUUCACUUGUGUUUAUGUUUGUUUAAAUUUUAAAUUGUCGGUGAUACAGAAGAAAUGGUGCGAUCGACUGACAUGAUACAAACAGGACAGAGGCUCUUUCUCUUUCUUCUGCCGACGUGCGCAGUAGAGUGAAGUGACAGUAGUACAGGAGUACACAAGCUUAGAGCACCCUCUCGCAACUGUCAGUGUGAAAAUUUUAACAUAUAAGUCACACCGGAGUAUAAGUCGCAGGACCAUCCAAAACAUGAAAAAAGUGUGACUUAUAGUCCGAAAAAUACGGUAUUGUUUACCUUGAGGCUUAAUGUCAUACUGUGAAAGAUUCUAGACAAAAAGCAAUAACAUUUUCAAAUUGCACGGUGCAUGUUUACGUUUUCAAUCCAGAUGCCUUUCCUGACACGCCACACUAGUUGGGGAAAAAAUAUAAAUAUACUUAAUUAUGCCAACUAAAUAAAUACUCUUACAGAAAAACUAAAAUGUUUUCCAGUCAGUGAAAACAAAAAACUUAAGGCACUCAAGAAAAGUAGAAGUUGCACGUGAAAAAAAUAUCAAGGAAAGGCCUUUAAUUUUUAUUUAAAUAGCCGAAGCCAACAUGUUUCAACCAUACACAAUUCUGUAUUUAGUAUUUUUUUUGUUUCUAAAUUGAUAUUCUGUCAUUUUUUAGCUUCAAGUUCACUUCUAAAAUAUUAGUUUAAACAAUAAAGCAAUUGGCUUUUAUCAAUGCAUGCAAAUUGUCUUUUAAUCACGCAAUUUUUGGAGCACAUUCAACCAAAUUCAGAAACACAAAAACUACUACUAUCUACUUUGAACAUGAUAAUACCAUACAGUAAAUUUCAAUAUCAGUUUUUAUUUUACUGUCAAAUUUGUACAAAUGUAAUGUAAAACAUUUCAUGGCAAAGACAAUGCAGUUACAAAAGUUGAAGUACCUUUUAUUUGUCAAAUCAGUGUUUUUCCUUUUCAUUCACAGUGCGGUUUUUGAGUUUUUGUACUUGUAUUAUUCUGUUUUCACACUUCCUUUACACAGAUGGGGUGGGGUGAUUUAACACGCUUGGAGUAACUUGGGGACUUUUACAAUGUGCUGUCCAAAAGCAUAGUAUUUUUUAAUGUUUCAUGUUAAAUAAAUUGUUUUUAUGCCUGUUGUUGAGUAAAACUGUUUGAGCUUA